AUGAUUCACCUGGCCCAGCUCAGUGUGACGCCAACGGCUAUGGAAGCUGCUGCCACCUGUGGGGUUUUGCUGGGCGUCACUUACAUCAUCUGGAGGUGGCGAUCCCGCUCCCAGCAAAGCUUCCUGACACCCAACACCGCCAAGGACACAGUGGUUCUCCACCAGUACGGCAAGGCUCUGACAGUUCCCAGUAUCUCACCAUUCGUCAUCAAGUUAGCCACCUACCUCAGAGCAGCAAAGAUCCCAUAUGUUGAUGCCUACAGCCGCAGACCUGGCCCCAAACAGAAGCUGCCGUGGAUACAGUACAACAACCAGGCUGUCCCAGAUUCCCAACUGUGUAUCGAGUUUCUGAACACCCAGCGCCAGGUGAACUUAAACAAUCACCUCACUCCAGACGAGAUUGCCAAAGGUCACCUGAUUAGGAGAGUAUCUGAGGAAUCGCUCUACUGGGUUCUGCUUAUGUGGCGUCUGGUCUUUGAAUCAAGCGGUGACCUCUACAAGAAACUUGGUGUUCCAGCAUUUGUGGUCUGGUACAUGCGCAGGGAAGCCAAGUCAAGACUCUGGUCUCAUGGGAUUGGCCGAUAUUCACAGCAAGAGGUCAUCAAAAUCAUGGAGGAUGAUCUGAGUGCCAUCUCUACAAUCUUAGGAGAGAGAAACUUCCUGUUUGGUGAUGUUGUUGAGGAUGUCAGCGAGUUUGACUGCGCUCUGUUUGGACAACUGUGUCAACUCUUGUGGCAAACACCGGGAACCCCGGUUGCAGGGAUCAUUGCUGAAAAGUUCCCCAACCUUGUCCACUUCUGUGAGAGAAUGAAGUCGUCCUUUUGGCCAGACUGGGAUCAGAAGCUGCUACACCCCACACAAGUUCCAACUGUAGGUCACACAGUUGAUGCUUCCAAGGGACACAGGAAUUGA